AUGAUCAGGCCUAGAACAUUGCCCUUGAGGCCGUCGAUACGGACAUCGACCGUCAAACAACUUCCAAACCGCUUCCCAUCACUUCUCCCGCGUCAGACGCUAUAUCCCAUCACCAUCCGAGCCAACUCGACUAUCCCACCCAUCAGCCCUAUCUCACCCACCUCCUCUGACAUACCACAACCUAGACACUCAGCUUCAUUCUAUAUCUCAAAUGUCUUACCGUUGAAACUGACUUACUGGGACUUACGUCCAACAUGGGCAUCAAUACUGAGAGAAGAAAGUCUGCUGGAGAGAAUAUACGAUAUCACCCGUGAGAUCGAUCUGUACGAAUUCAAGCUGGAGAGUUUAGAAGUAUCUAGGAAAGAUGGUGGUGUAUUCUUACAUUUCUCCUAUAUCCCUCCAUCAGAACCUUCUCCAUCGCAGAAGAAAGAAGAGGUAGAAGGAGAGAUAAAGGAUAUGAUAGGAAGUCAACUCACUUCCACGACGACCCCUUCUUCUCCAAUCACAGUAACACCCGGCAAGCUAUUCAUAGAAGCUUUGAACGAUAAAGCGAAGAAGUUAGGUGGAUGGCCAAAUUGGUUAGGUGAUUGGUACUCUAACAAGAAAUUAAAUUUGGUUAAUAACACUACGGCUGUUCCUGGACAUUCAUUAUAUUCUACUGGCUCUGAGCAAGGUGUACUGAAGAAAGGUGAUGAGGUUGAAAAAAAGGGUAUAGAGGUUAGUACAGGUGCUGAGAGGGUAUGGAUUGUCAAAGGUAGACAGUGGACCGAGGAUAUGAACCGGUUCCCUACUGGCAGACUUAGAGUAGAAUUCGAUGGACCAGAUGUGUCUCAGGAGAUGUUAUAUACGUUAUUCAGACCAUACGGUAGAAUCGCAGACAUUCAACCUCCUUCACCUGUCCCAGCUGGUUCAUUACGAUAUGCUACGGUGACUUACUCAAGGUUAUCUCCAGCGGCAAUAGCAAUCAAUUGUUUACAUGGGUUCUCAACACCUACGAAUACAGCAGACUUCACUCUCAAGUCAUCCGGAUCCGCAUCAUCGUCGACUAUACCGAAGAGUAGACUGAGGAUAUACUACGAACGACCACUGAAAGCUCACGCUAUAAGGGAUUGGAUAUCUGCACACCCCAGAUUGGCAUUACCCGUUUUGGCUUUCUUGAUCGGUACUUUGAGUUACACUUUCUUCGAUCCUAUCAGAGCGUUCUUCGUUAGAUCGAAGCUUGAGGGGGUGUGGGAUAUUGAACAGUACUCGUUGAUCAAGGCUCUGCGACAGAAAUUCGUCCUCCCUACCUCCUUCGGUUUCCUCAGUUCGUCCUCUGCGUCCGCCGGUGAAUCAGAAGAAGCUAUAGGCAAGGAUGCAUGGCAGGAUCGUGUGGAAGCGGAGAAAGACGUCGAAAGAUGGUUGUCUGAAUAUCCGAACACGUUUAUCACCAUCACUGGACCACCUGGUAGUGGGAAAGUCAGCUUGGUCAGUAGAGUGUUGAAACAACAAGCCAAACCUGCUAUGGUCAUUGACUGUGCGGAGAUCGCGAAAGCUAAGAACGAUAAAGGCUUGCUCGAUGCUUUGGCCGAUCAAACAGGCUACUACCCCGUCUUCUCAUUCAUGUCGUCUGUCAGCGGUCUCAUAGAUCUGGCAGCAGUAGGUCUGAUAGGUCAAAAGGCUGGUUUCUCUACCCCGGUCGACCAACAGCUGCGACAAAUCCUUGAGAUUGUCGGUGGGGCCUUGAAAGACGUCUCGACUCAUGCUCAGCAGGAACACCAACAGGAAGCUCAACAUUUGAAAGACGAUGCCGCGAUCGCGAUCGAGAGAGAACGACAACGAAGAUUGAUUUCCCGGGGUGGAUGGCAUGAUGGACGAUUAGACUGUAUUGCUGGUAAUGGAGUGAUGUCGGAACUGGGUGUAGGAGAUGAACCAUAUUUGGAGAACGAUCUUGACGCUGCCCCACCACCAUUGAUGGAUGAUAUCGCGCCUAUCAAGGGGGAGGCAGUCCCACCUACAUCAGCUUCAUUACCUCUACCUAAAACUUCCUCUCCCGAAGAAAUAGCUGCCAAAGCGGCUCAAGCAGCUGCCAACGCCGACCUAGAUGCUGAAACUGAAGAGAUCAAGUCUUUGCCUAUCGUCGUACUAAAGAAUUUCGCUCAGAAGACUGCCAAGGGAGAUUUAUGGAACGUCUUAGCUGAAUGGGGAGCGAGUCUGGUAGAGAACAAAGUGGCUCAUGUCAUCAUAGUCACAGAAGGUGCUACCGCUACGAAAGCUUUGACCAAAGCAUUACCAUCGAAGCCACUGAACAAUAUUGGAUUGGCAGAUGCGGAUGAAAGUAAUGCUUUGGCUUAUGUACGAAGUAAAUUGAAAUCGAUCUCCUCUUCUUCCUCUACAAUUACAAAGGAUUCCAACCAAAUCUCGAAACUUGGUGGAAGAAUGGUAGAUCUUGAAACUUUGGUUUAUAAAGUACGAAAUGGAACGACCAUCAAGGAUGCUGUUGAUGAUAUAAUAUUGAGGAAUACGAUCGAACUGAGAAAGGCAGCGUUUGGAGAUGAUUCGGAAGAUGCUAAGGGCUUACCGUGGAACCGGUCUCAGGCUUGGAAAGUGGUAAAGGAGCUGGCGAGUAAAGGAGAGAUCUCAUAUGCCAACUUACUCCAGGACUUCCCAUUCAAAGGUAACGAACAAGCUCUGAAAGCGCUUGAGGAGCAUGAACUGGUAUCCGUCUCGUACGUGGAUGGAAGAGCCUCCAAGGUCAGACCGGGUAAACCCGUUUUCAGAUAUGCAUUUGAGGCGUUAGUGAAUGACCCAGUAUUCAAAGCAUCCAACCAAAUUGAAUACAAUCUUACUCUAAUUGCCAAAGCGGAGAACGACAUCAAGACGUACGAGACUGAGUUGAAUACCUUGAAAGGAAUAACGACAGAAGGUGGAUCGCAAGCUCUGGGUGUAGAGAGUAAUUGGUUAGGAUUAGGUGGACACUCCGCAGUGAGAGAUAGGGCGAGGUGGUUAUUGGAUAAAAUGCAGAAAUCGGUUGAGAAGACUGUGAAGUUGGAGAAGGAGAAUGGGGAGAUGGCUGGUGUUUUAGCUAGUGGAAGGGCAUAG